AACCCAACACCAACCCAUUUCAAUUUAAAGCCUCAAACCCAAAAGCCCAAAAACCCAAAAAACCCAAGCCCACUAACUACCCAAAACCUAUUUAACCCAAACAAACCCAAAACAAAAACCAAAAAAAAAAAAAAAAAUGCAAAAGUCUUCUCCUCUCUACAGCCAGACCCUGCUUCCCCCCCUCUGCCCUGCGCCCGACCGAGCCCAGAUCCCUUGCUGCUGUACGAGCCUGUGCACUUCUGCGCACCACCAAGCCUGCACCCUUGUUGCUGUGCCAAGCCCAGAUCCCCUGCCCUACACCGACCUUGCCCAGAUCUCCUCACUCCCGUGCCUCUCCCUUCUCCCGCACCCGAGCCGAGAUCCCUCUGCUUUGCGCCCGACCAAGCCUUCUACGCCCAGAUCCCGUGCACCCUACACCUCCUUUGCACACUUGCGCGCAAUCAUGCAAUCUUGCACCCCACAUUCAUGCGUUCCUACACCCCCUGCACACCGAGCCCGCCCCCUCUUCUGCACACCAAGCCUACGCCCAAUCCCACGCCUCUGCCUCGUACUCGCUACAGCCAUACCCCUGUCUCACCUACAGAAAAAGCACCACAUACCAGACAAAAUCGACAUCAUUAGUGAUUGAUGGAGCAAGUUUUUUUUAUUUAUUUCAUUUUAUUUUAUUUAUUUUUUUGGGUAUAUAUAGAAAAAAUCAGAUGAGGAGGGGAGUCUUGGGUUGAUUUUGGAGUUUGAUUUUGGGGGUCUUUUGGGUGGUUGAUUUUCGAGUUUAGUUUGAGUCUCCGUCUGGGUUCUUUUAAAAAAGAAAAAAAGAAGGAAGAAUCCGAGAGCAAAGGAGAAAGGAGGGAGAUUUCGAAGAGGGGAGGGCUGGUUUUCUUUGAGGAGGUUGGUUGUCAAGAGCACCGCCUCCGUCGCUGGUGUUGAAGGGCUGGUUCGAGAGUGAUGAUCUGGGAGAGGGCAACAGCAGCUUAUGGAGAAGGAAACAUUUUCUGGUUUUGCUUAGGUAAUUCCCUAAACAGAGGAAUUUUUGGGAAGGAUGGUGAGGGAGAUGAAUGGAGCUUGAUCCCGUGGGUGGGAUCCCUCCUUCCGAUCCGGAUCUGUCUUCUCCCAGAAAAUUUUUGCCUUGUUUGUUGCAAUUUUUCUUAGACUUCGAUGUAUUAGGACUGUAUUUGAUGAUGAUAUUGUGAAUGAAAAAAAAAUCAAACAUGUUCUGGUUGAAUGUCAUGGAUUUGAGUUGGGAUGAAUGUUUAUUUGUUUUCUUUUUGUCUGUGUUGAUGAAUGGUAGGAUAGGAAUCAUAAAUUUCCUUUUGUUUC